GGCCUCUUUGCCCGGUGCGUCUCCCGUCUUGUCCGCGGCACCUGCUGCGUGCGUACUAAAAGCGCGCCCAGCAAACACGUCCUCGGUCUCCUUUGUCGCCUAUCCUAGAGCAGGCGGUUCCUCCUACGGCUACACUGUCGACUGUCAAAAUGACUGCAUCCUGACCACCGUGAGCGCAACUGAUCCCUCGGCCGGAAACCCUAGCUUUGUACAGGCUUCUACGCUCUUCUCGCUGAACCUGGACCCGAGCUUCGAGCACAUUCUGCGCGUCUACAACAUUCCAAGCAACUUGCCGGGAGGUCAUAGCGAGAUUACAUUCGACCACCUGGCUGUUGACGUUCAGGACAAUGCACAAGGUCGGCGCUUCUUUCCAUCUCUGUGAUGAUCUAUACUUAGUAGAAACAGGCCAUAUCGGAUCCAGCACUGGGACGGAAGGGAAUCCAUCAAGCACCGCGUCGCUUUCCAGCAGUGUUCCCGUUGCACUUGCAACUACGACGGUGGGAAUCACACAGACAAGCAGUGCCCCAAGCUCGACAUCACCGAUCACAAGCAAUCCAACCUCAUCGCCGGCCGUGUCCGAUAGUGCUUUAGAUCCAUCAACAACAGCAAAUGGUUCAGAUGCAUCACAGGCGUCAUCAUCAGCUUCCAGCGCUUCGGCGAACAGUUCCUCAGGCCCCAGUGUCAAGCUGAUCGCUGGGGUGACGGUGCUGAGCCUGUUCUUUGUGGGAGCUGUUAUUGCUACGUUCAUCGUUGUCCUGAAACAACGAAGAGCGCGUCAGCGGGAGAUGCAGGUCCCACCCAGCCGAGCUUCCUCAAUCAUUCCAAUCAUGCCGCCCCCUCCUGCGCCAGAAAUGUGGUCGGGGGCGGAUCCAUUUAUUGGUUCCCCGCGACAAUUCUCCAGUCCGAGGAGGAUGGACGGGCGGCUGCUCACGCCAACGACCGCGCCGCCCACCUAUCCUCUUCCCCUCCCGCCGACAGCUGCUCAUCCGAUUGGCGACUACUGGACUUCGCGGCCGGUUCGGAAUCAAUUUUCACCCGUGUAGCCUCGAUGGCUUGCUUUCCCGUAUUUACUUGUAGCACGUCGCACUCUUUUGUACAUCAUAGGAAUGAAUUUGUAUCCAUUGGAAGUAAAAUACAUCUAAGUAACCCUAUUAUGAACAAAUGAUGACUGAAAAAUACAAUUUGUGCAGGAAAUCCAAAGAGAGCGGGAGAGAAUUUACAGUGUUGAUAGCAUGAACGAAUGGUAUGAUGGAAGCGACCUUCAUCGCCGCCGCUGGUCCGACUGCCAGUAGCCCAGCAGUUGCUCGAGCACCUCGAUGACGACACCGCUGUUGUACAUCAGAGCAUGAUCGCCCCCGUUGACAACCUUAACGAUGCACUUGUCCGCGCCCAUGUUCUUCUCCAUCCACCGCACAGCAUUCUCCCCAAUCUUCUCGUCCUUGUCCCCAUACCAGACGUUCACGGAGUGCGGAUAGUUCGUGUACGAGAAUCCCCACGGAUGGUUGUCGUGGUUCAGAAUCUGCAACAGAUCGCUGUACGUUCCUUUGGCAGACUCCGCGUGCGAUGCUGCAAUCAGCGCAUUGCCGAGCGUGGACUGAUACUCGUUCGUCGGCUGGUCACUCGCCAAGAACACAGAUGUCGAACUCGUAUUCCUGGUGCUCGCCGCCGGAGACGAGGGGGUCGACAGUGGCCAUGAUGGAGCAGUGCCACCGGCGGAGUUGAACGAAAGCGAUCGUCGUCCUUCCGUUCGGCUCGCUGAAGCAUAGAAGCGUUCGCUGGCAGCCCGAGAACCGACUCCUUCUCCAAUCAACGAAACUUCGGAGGAACCCGACUUGGGCCAGUGCAGGUCAUCCAUCCCCAUUCCAAAAUCAAACUUGGGCGCCGGGGGCAGUACCGGACUUGAGGGUUCGGACGGCCCACUGUGCUUGCUCGAGUUGUUGUACGACGAGGCUCGACCGCGGAGAGAUCCCAUCGAUCGCAGAGCCUUUAGCCGUUGCUUGGGCUUGGCAGUUUCUUCCUGCGGAGAGGCCGGCUGCGAGGGCUUGAAACGGUUCAGAAAUCCCCGCGACGGCUUCCGCUUCGCGGUCUGGACCGCAUCCGGCGCUGGUCUGGCAGCGGCAGCCACUGCAAGAGUGCUUUUACUCUCAAAACGACCGUCAAAAUCCCCAAGAUCAUCGUACUCGCUGAAGGAGCUCCCUAUGCUCGGACGAGGUCGAGCCUCGCCAUCUGCAGCAGAGCUUUGGACCGCUAGACUAUUCCCAUUUCCGGAGGUCGUUUGCGCUUUCGGAGCUACGGUGUAGCCGAUGCCCUCAUAAGCAAUGGUGGGAGGUUUCCCGAGCAUCCAAGCCUGGACUUUCCAUUCAGCAGCCUGCGCUGUUUUGAGAAUGCCGUUGGGGACAUAUUUCAGCCAUUUAUAGCCACC